AUGAGCAGUGUGGCUUUGUGUUACUAUAGGAUGGAUGUGGCAACUGUUCAGGAAAAAUUGCGAAUUUUAAGUCAUAAAGGAGAAAUUGAGGCACUUGAUGUUGCUGAAGUUACAUUUAUUUGUUGGAAUGUUGCCAAAGAG